AUGAUCCUGGAAUUUUGGAGUUUCUGUUCUGGAAUUUUGGGGAUUCUAUUCUGGAAUUUUGGGGUUCUGUUUAUUCAGUAUAUUUAUAUAUAUGCAAUUCUGGAAUUCCAUGGGAAAAAAACGGCGUACAUUACUUUUAUAGGCACUGUUGUAACGACCCAGCUACUACUGGACAGUAUCAAUGUUUCGUUGAGAAUGCAGCCGCAGAACAGUAGCCUGGAGAAAUGCCCGACAACGCCACCUGGUUUAGUUGGUCCAAUAAAAGUUUGGUUUGAUGAGCCAGAAUUCAGCGAAAUAGAAGCAUUGUAUCCACAUUUGGAGCCUGGUGGCCAUGGAAAGCCGAAAAAUUGUCAGGCUCAACAUCGGGUUGCUAUCGUUGUGCCUUAUAGGGAUCGCGAAGUGCAUUUACGUAUUUUUUUGCAUAAUCUACAUUCGUUGCUCAGUAAACAGCAGCUCGAUUACGCGAUUUUCAUCGUUGAGCAACAUGCCAACGAGACGUUCAAUCGUGCCAAACUGAUGAACGUUGGCUUCGCGGAAGCCAUGAAACUGUACGACUGGCAGUGCUUCAUCUUUCAUGAUGUGGAUUUACUGCCCGAAAAUGAUCGCAAUAUCUAUUCGUGCCCAGAGCAACCGCGACAUAUGAGUGUAGCAAUUGACAAAUUCAAGUACAAGUUGCCUUACGGGUCAAUUUUUGGAGGUAUCAGUGCAAUGACGGUGGAGCAGUUUGUCAAAAUCAAUGGUUUUUCAAAUGAUUAUUGGGGCUGGGGCGGUGAAGAUGAUGAUCUUUCAACACGACGUUACGACUUACAACUACGGCCACUGUUCACACAUAUCAAAGUGGAAUUGCUGGAGGAGGAAUCAAAGGAAAAUCUGAGGAAACAAGGCUUCAAAAAAUGCUAA